UACGACGCCAUUGAAUUGACCCACUCUCAGCAUUCUGGUAACAGAGGGCAUGAAAGGAGUUUCGGGAUGGAGAGACUACUGGAGCAGAAGAAGGUACCGGCGACUGAAUGAGAGGCGGAGCAGGAGGAAGAUGGAACUGGGUGGGAGGCGAUUCUGGCGGAUGAAGAUCAGGGUGGGGCCCAAGAUCCGGAUCGGCGGAAUCUCCGGGAGGGCUAAGAAGAUGGUGCUGUGGCUGAGAGACGCGUACGUGAGGAUGAUGAUGGGACUAGCAACUUCGGGAGUGAGGGGAAUGAGCGGAGCCGACGCCGUCGUGGGCUUCGGCCGCCCCUCCGUCAAGGAGUAUGACCGCAACAUGAUCCUUCACAUCUACAACUCCCUCUUCCUCCCCCCGGUACACCGCCCCACCCCACAGCUCCCUCCGCCCCGCCCUUCCACCUGAAUCAUGCUCCCACCGAGCGCCACACAUUGUUUCAUUUUCUGUAAUAGUACAAACAAGAAAUCAACAUAUCAUUUUACUGUGUUUCAA